AUGGGGACGAUCUGCGUGGGCUCGGUCAUGGCCAAGUACCUGAACAAUUUUAGCUCGUAAGCUUAAGGCUCUUUUAAAGGGACGUGAAGUGAAGGAGAAAAACAAACGUGCUGACAUGCCGAAUGCUCUCCUCGUACAGGUUCCUUGACUCGAUCUACUUCAUCAUCCAGACAAUUACCACCACAGGUACGAUUAACCCGAAAGCGGCCAACAAGAAUAAUCCAUUCUCACUUUCCCGUUCUCGUCCCGUUUACAGGUUUCGGCGAUCUCGUCCCCAAAACGACGGCUUCGCGCAUCUUCUCCAUCUUCUACGACACAUGGGGUAUCCUCAGCUUUGCCGUCGUCGUCGCCUUCGUUCGCUCCACAGCACUGGAAGCGAUGCAGACCCAGUGGGUUCAAUUCGCACUGCCUUUGGAUCACUUGGGUCACCAAAGCUCAUUUGUGAUCUCCUCUCUUCUCUAGAUACAAGAAACGCGAGAAGAUCAUCCUACAACGGAUACAGGGUCAGCGGCUGGAGAGGAUCCGAACGGGCGACAACAGGCAAGUCGAAGCUCCUCGCACCUCCUGGCCGCGCCGAUUCUUGAACCGCUUUGCGUUCUACUCGGCACCUACACCACGGCCGCGUGUUGAAGCGCAAGGCGUUGGUGAAGAGCAGGACAUUGAUGCUCAGCGGAUCGAGAUGAUGAACCCGAGGUUGUUGAACGGGAAUAUCAUCGCCGAUGCGGGAGCGCUCUUGCACGAGGAUGAUUACGAGGAGACGAUCUUGGAGAUGAAGAGAGAACGAGCCAGGGAACAUCGAUCUGAAGUGAGUACGAUUCCCGCUGAAUCUCAUAUUUCAGGUCAACUAACUUGGCUAGUAUCUUCCACGCGUGUGUGCAGCUUGUGGUAAGCUUGCUCAUCUACCUCACCACCUGGGUAGUCGGAGCUGCAGUCUUCUCACGGCUGGAAAGCUGGUGAGUGGGCUAGCUGGCUCAGCGCCUGCUUUAGAGCUGCCCUUUGUCCCGUGACUGACCCACCGAAUCAUCGAGUAGGGACUACUUCAUCUCAUUCUACUUUGUCUUCAUGACCUUCACGACGAUCGGCCACGGCGACUACGCGCCAAGAAUUCAGGCGGGACGAGCCUUCUUCAGUGCUUGGGCCCUGGUCGGUGCAGGUGUCACGACCGUCUUCUUCUCAAUCUUGGCUGACAGUUACUCGUCGCGCUUCAACGGACUUGCAACUCGGAAUCGGUUCAAACGCAUGUUGUUGCGGUUUCAUAACAACCCCAAGGCACGCGCGGCUUUGGAAGAGGAGGAACGACGAUUUGGAAUUCGACCUAGUGUGAACGUCGAUGAUGCUUCGUCUGGGUCCGUCUCGACUUCAUCCCGGGCCCCCAAACCGACAAGCGAAGGGGAGGAGGAUGUUAUCGAAGGCAACUCCAGCGACGUCGAGGACCCCGCCCCGUCGCAGACUGCAAGGCUAUUGGAGCUUGUCAAGGAGACUCGGGAGCACGUCGAUGAUCUUAUCCACUAUGAUGGCAUGUCAUCGAUGGGAGAAUGCGGUAUGGGUAUCGAUCGCGAGGUCAAGCAAUUGAUGGAUGAACAGAAAUUCAGUAUACCGACGCGAUUAGAGGUGAUGAGUGACGAAAGGAUGAAGAGGUCCCUCUGUAAGUUAUUCCCUCCCAGAGGUCUUGGCAGCGCACCAAGACUUUGCGCACUGA